AUGUGCAGAAGGCAUUUGGGGCGACUUUUGGCCGAAGUAAUGAACCAGUACGGCCAACUGACCCAACGAUUCGCACGCAGUCCUGGGGGCCCUGCAGCUGCAGGGCCCCCAGACUGCAGUCGAGUCCAGAGGUCGGCAAAUCCGCAGCCGGCAAUACGCCUGCCCCCCGCCACUCCCAAUGCCACCGCCAACCCGCAACGGAAGCGCACCAAGUCCACCAAUAAGAUCGAUGCCGUUGGUGUCCCCCCGGGGUUUGAGCGGCCUCAUAAUCCCAACGAGGACAUUGUUUGGCUGACUGACGCUUGUGGUGGUGAUUUCAAGAGCUGGGCCUAUGCACUCCAGGGCUCGACGACGGUCAUCUGCUUUUUUUGUGACACACAUAAGGAGAGUAACGCCACCAUUUCCCACACGAACUGGGAUCGCUCAGCUUACACCCGGCACGAGGCCUCCUACUCCCACAAAGCGGCUGUAGACCAGUACACGCAAGAUCCGCAGCAACAGCAAACUGACAAGCACCUGGCCAUGACCGAGGUUGCCGACAAUCCCUUGUUGGCUCUGUUUUGUGGUGCAUACAUGGUCCUGUACCAAGCCAUGCCUUUCACUCACUUCCCAACGAUCUGUGAAUACAUGGACUGGCUUAAAGUACCAAACAUCACCGGCUUAAGUUCAACGAGGGUCUUUUUGUGA